AUGAGGGGCGGUGUUUAUGGUGGAGAUGAAGUGGGCGCAUUGGUGUUUGAUCCUGGUCAUUCCUCAUUGCGUGUUGGAUAUGCUGGUGAAGAUUCACCAAAAUUUGAUAUUCCCUCAUGGGUAGGGAUUGUUGAGGACCCAGAGACCAACGAAAAGAAGUAUUUUGUAGAUACUGUAGCUCUCCAUGUUCCUCGCAAAGGUUGUGAGGGUGACUACAUGAAGGAAGGAAUGAUAGAAGACUGGGACACCUUUGAGAAAGUUCUUGACUACUCUUAUGAGAAGUGUAUCAAGAGUGAGUCACAGUAUCAUCCCAUACUCUUCUCUGAGGCCACAUGGAAUGCUAGAGGAAAGAGAGAACGACUCUGUGAGCUAGUUUUUGAGAAGUAUCAGGUACCAGCAUUUUUCCUGGUGAAGUCUGCAGUGCUUGCUGCUUUUGCCAAUGGAAGGUCAACUGGCCUAGUCUUGGAUUCUGGUGCCACACACACCUCUGCUAUACCUGUUCAUGAUGGUUAUGUUCUCCAACAUGCUAUUGUUAAGUCACCUCUUGGUGGAGACUUUCUUCUCAAUCAGGCCAAUAACUUCCUUAAAGAAUCUCAAGUGGAUAUUGUGCCUACCUAUAUGAUAGCUGACAAGCAGCUGGUUAAGGAAGGUGAGCGACCCAAGUGGACCAAAAAGAAUAAUCUGGUAGAAGUUACUGCUUCCUGGCACAACUACAUGAAGAGGGAAGUGGUUCGUGACUUUCAGCAGACCAUGUUACAUUGUUCUGAGGCUCCCUAUGAAGAAGAAGCAAUUGCCAGCAUCCCCACUGAACCUUAUGAGUUUCCUACUGGUUAUAAUAAUGAAUAUGGAACCGAGCGCUACAGAAUCACCGAGAGUCUUUUUGAUCCCAGUUACAUCAAAGGUGUUGGAUCAACAAUGCUUGGCAUGUCUCACGUUGUAUCUACAAGCAUAGGCCUCUGCGAUAUUGAUCUUCGGCCAAGUCUCUACUCGGGUGUCAUCGUCACAGGAGGAAACUCACUUCUCAAUGGUUAUGUCGAACGUCUCAACCGUGAUUUAUCCAGCCGAACACCACCUAAUAUGAGGUUCAAACUCAUCUCUGCCACAGGCACAACAGAAAGAAGGUUUGGUUCAUGGAUUGGAGGUUCAAUCCUUGCUUCCUUGGGAUCCUUUCAGCAGAUGUGGAUAAGCAAGCAGGAAUAUGAAGAGUCUGGCAAAUCACAGGUCGAUCGAAAAUGUCCUUAAUUUUUUAUUUUGAUAAUUUUAGAAAACAAAACUCACAAAUUAAUAUUUUUAAACGACUAAAAAACAGAUGAUUUUGCAUUCAGUAAAUGUGAAUUUUACAUGAAAAUAAAAGUGGAAUAUAAUGAAAAACUAGAAGCUAGAAAAUGGAGUCAUUAUAUAAUUGAACCCCAGAGUCUAGUUAUUAUUGGCAUUCAUAAGAUAGAGGGAAAUAAUUGAAAAGUGAUUUGGAUGUUGUUUAUUUUACUAUUUUUUUUACUUUAUCAGUGGCCAUCUACCAAGGCAGGGUGACCCAAAGAAGAAAAUGCAUUCACCAUCAUUUAUUGUAUCACUGUUGUUCCAGACGUGUGCUGACAUCGCAAUUCAGAUUACCCUCUAACACCCUCACCUCUCAAUCCUUCUUCCAUUUUAAUAAAAUAGUAAUAAUGAACUAUAUAUAUAUCCCCUACUUACAACUGUAAUUUAUUUUUUUUUUAACACAUCGGCCGUUUCCCACCGAGGCAGGGUGACCUAAUAAGAAAGAAAAACCCAAAAAGAAAGAAACUUUCAUCAUCAUUCAACACUUUCAAUGGUAAUGCUUUACUAAAAAGUGUAACUUGAGUGUUUGGAAUUUUGAACCUGUAUUUCUGUUGAUGCACAUCUUAUAAUGAGAGAUGUGCCCCUGUUAUAAUCUGUAUGUUACCUAAUUUCAUUGUUUUAACACAAUAUUUACCUAAGAUUUUACAUUCAUUAUUUUAUCUUUUUAAUUGCAACUAUGACAAUAAUUAUUUAAUGUUUACAUGUUACUUUCUUGUUUGAGUCACCUUAACUUGAUGGGAUAUUGCUGGUGUGUUAAAAAAAGUUAAACAAUACAACACUUCUGUUCUUUAUGCUUUAUUAUGUCCAGUCUUGUUGGGUUUAUAUGGGCCACUGACAUCUUUCACUGUAUCUAUCCCAGCUUUCCUGUGUACAGAGAGGAGAUAUUGUACAAAGCUGGACUAUGAAAAAUAAAGGAAUAGGAGUCCCUUUGUAAAUAGAAACAAACUAAAAGUUUCCAUAUAGACCUAGUGGACCCCCUCACCAAGACCCACCAGAGCAGAAUGCCCCCACACUCACCAGAGUUCAGCAGAGUGAAAAAAUGGAACUGGCUAAAAUUGAGUUGACGACAGGUGCCCCUCCUAUAACGUGUCUGGCGGGCAAGGUAAGAUGGGGAUAAGUGUUCCAGAGAGAAUGGAGAAAAUUUUUUAUUGAUGCUUGGGUGAGAAUGAGACAUCUACACUCAGUAAAGGCUGACGCAGAACUUGUGUGGCGUCAUUACAUGAGUUGUUAGGAUUGUAAAAAAAAAAGUUAUUUUGUCCAAUUUAUUUCAAUGAAUUUGCUCUUCAGUAGCACCUGGUGUAUCUCCCCUACUGCUCUUGCACUUUAUAGUCAUGAUACACAACUUUUACAAAGUAAAAGAUGAAAAACAGUGAAUGUGAAGCGAGCCAUGAAUGUUUUGAGGCAGUGUUUACAACAGCAGCAGCAAUACCAUCUACCACUGACCUGCAGUCUCCAAGCCUCCACUAUCUUGAGUAGUCAUGUUCAGAAGGGUGAACCCAUGUUCAUAGGAAAUUAAUUGGUUCUGAAGUGCUUUGACUGUUGGUGCCAUUAAUGGCUUUUUACUCUAAUGAUCAUAAAAUCUCGCUACUGUAACUGCUUUUCAGAUUAAUUGCUUUGGACCAAACCAGAACAAUCAAAAUACAAAUGAAAGCACUAUAAAAUAUUGACAAUUUAUUAAAACUUUUCACAAGAUGCUCUUCAGUACAACCAUUGUAUAAGGAAGCUCCUACAUUUGUGAGUUUAACUCUAGUUAUUCUUAUAAAUUUCCAGACUUCCUCUUUCAUGGGUUCCCAUAUUUCUGGGUUUCAGUCAUCCAGUUCUUUUGCAGAUUGACGACCAGUGAAUAGAAUCUAUUAUCCAACUUUUUUACUGACUGGCAAAUAGUUAUUACAUUCAAUUAUCAAAUGUUUUCCAAGUUUAUUGGCUUUCCCACACUCACAUUUUUUCUUUUUCUGGUCAUUAUUUUUUUAUGAAUGUCAAUAUUAACCAGAUUAGGGUAACAUCUCAAAAAGAUAUCUUGACUGAUAUCAAAAAUGCAUCCAGAUUUGAAACUAAAUUUAGACCCACAAUAGUUUCAAUGUUUGUGGUUCCCAGCUUUACAAGGUCUGUAGGACUGCAACGCUUGUGAAUCUGUAUCGAUGACUGUCCUUUAUUGUUGGUUUUGCAGUAUUUUUUGAAGUGUUGAUACAAUUUGUCAUUCUGAAACUCAUGUUUGUCAAACUUAAAAAAUAAAUUAAUGUUGGAAAAGGAGGUUUUUAUACUUUAAUUAGCAGUGAUAAUGUGACAAAAUAUUCAUAAUGUAUAACAGACAGAUUGUCAUCUCUGGAAUAUCAUUAUGAAAGACUUUAAUAAACUCAGAGCAAAAUCA